UCGACUGCCUGACAAGAGAUAGUUCUUGAAGCAGCCGCCAUCUAUCACCUCAUGUCGCUUUUCAGCUCGCCGAGUCAGAUUUACAAGCUUACACUAACCGUUAAAAGUAUCCCAGUUUUUUAAUAUACUUAACAAACAGCUAUGAUUAUCAGUAGAGUUGUAAUUGUAUUUCUCUUGUACUACUGCUACGCUUCCAAGCUGGAGAGUAUAAACGGCACUGGAACGUCCACAGAUUUGGAGAUUCUUGACGAUUUGUUGAAAAACUACGACAGAAGAGCUCUUCCAACCAGUCACCUCGUUUCUUGCGCAGGCACUCCAACUGUGGUCACAUGCGAGAUCUAUAUACGAAGUUUCGGUUCAAUCAACCCUGAAACAAUGGAUUAUGAGGUUGACCUGUAUCUUCAGGAAAAAUGGUUUGAUGAGAGAUUUAAGGAAGCUUCUAGUUUUCGACCUCUUGACCUCAGUGAUCCUGAUCUAGUGAAAAAGAUAUGGAAACCAGAAGUGUUUUUUCCCAAUGCAAAGAGUGCAGAUUUUCAGCUUGUCACAGUGCCCAAUGUGCUUGUACGAAUUAAUUCAGGUGGAGAAAUUUUGUACAUGCUCCGGCUAAAACUCAGGUUUUCCUGUAUGAUGGAGUUAUCCAGUUAUCCUAUGGACUCUCAAGUGUGCUCCAUCGAACUUGCAUCAUUUUCUAAAACAACGGACGAACUACAGUUGAAAUGGGCAGAUAAGACGCCAAUUAACUUUUACGAUCAGCUGAAGCUGCCGCAGUUCAACAUCAACAAAAUUAACACGUCUUUGUGCAAGGAAAAGUUUCACAUUGGUGAAUACAGUUGUCUACUGGCAGAGUUUUAUCUCCAAAGAUCAUUGGGGUACCAUAUGGUUCAGUCGUAUCUCCCAACAGUCUUGAUUGUCGUUGUCUCUUGGGUCUCCUUCUGGCUGGACAUUGAAGCUAUUCCCGCUAGAAUCACCCUGGGCGUUACUACUCUGUUGACAAUAUCUUCUAAAGGCUCUGGAAUCCAGAAUAACUUGCCUCCAGUUUCUUAUGUCAAGGCUAUGGAUGUAUGGAUGGGUUCAUGUACUACAUUUGUAUUCCUUGCCCUAAUGGAAUUCACAUUUGCUAACUAUCUGUGGAGGAAGAGAAUACCAAAAGAACUGCUCUGCAUUUCUAUUAACAAAUCUAACUGUCAGGUUGCCUUGGCAACGGCUAAGCUUGAGGAGACCAACGUGGAAAAGGCGAUCCCUGCAUCCGUGGCUUAUUCUUACGGAUCCUUUGCUAAACGAAUCGAUCAGCUGAGUCGUGUCAUUUUCCCUGCACUGUUUCUUAUUUUCAAUCUCGCUUAUUGGCUGUACUAUCUUGGAAACGAGUGAGUGGAUUGAAAGCUGAGAACAUGGUUGGUGUUUAGCUGACAACUUUAGAAACCAAUUUAAAAUUCAUAUCCAAAACACUGAUUUGAUUAUUAAUGUAUUUCCAGAUUUAUCGGGCAUCGGAAGUUUACAUUAAUGAACAUAAAAAAAAAAUGUUUCCACAAAACAAUUAUAUUUAUAGGAAGUUUCAAAAUGUACAGCGUAGUAUGUAACGUUAUUGACAAGAAUCUCUAGAAGAUUCUUAGCUGUGUGUAAUGUGUUUCACAAAUUUGUAACGCUCAAUAUUCGCUUGUACUUAUAAUAUAUCUUUGAAUUAGUUGUGUAGAAUCAUAAAAAAAAAUUGAAAAAGUAAUGUUUUUUUUAACCAUAUUUGUUAUUCGUCGUUUAGAUCUUAAAAACUCAUUUAAACAAAACUUCUUAUUACGAAAUUUUAAUAUUUAUUUCAAGUAAACUUCAUAUGGAUGUUAUUAUAAAAAGUUAAAAUCCGACAACUCGGUGCUUUGAAGUUCUUAGAUCAUGUAGUCUUCAAAUUUAUUCACACCCUUGAAAAAAAUAAAAAAAUAAAUAAAAGAGUAUGUCUGUGUGUUUUACUAAUUUGUUCCUAUGAUCUCUUUGACAUUGUAUUUCACCUAAGAAGUACUCGGCUUGUUUUAUUGCUUUAUUUCAUAUAGGCCUAAUGAAUACAGGUUAACCAAUGACACUAUUUAUUCAAAAUUAUAAAUGACACAUUAGCUCCUCCUCCUUAGUGCAAUAUAAUAAUUUCAAAUGUUAAAAUUUAUACCUUUUUUGUGUUUAGAUUUGUGAACUAACGAAUAUGUAGAUAUUAAAUUCAUUCAACUAAUUCCAAUUUUUUAGACACUUUUAUAUUAAAGAGCUAACCUGGCGGUCAACGUUAAGAACUAUUUAUUUAAACUUCCUAGUUUCUUGGGGUUUGCUUCCAGCAUCAUUGGGGAAUGAUAUAUUCUUAAUGACGUUUGUGUAAUUAAACAGUAAAAUUGGGUAUAAUUAAACAUUAUAUUCAAUGCUUCUUUGCAUAUCGUAAAC